AAUCACCCCCACUCACCUCUCAUCCUGUAGAAGAAGGGCUCCUUUGUGCUCUCUCCAAUAAUGGAGAACUCCUCCUCCCCAAAGCCCAUUAGAUGCAGAGCGGCGGUGAGUAGAGCGGCAGGGGAGCCGCUGCGGAUAGAGGAGGUGGAGGUGGCGCCGCCGAAGGCGUACGAGGUCCGCAUAAAGAUCCUAUGCACCUCCCUCUGCCACACCGACCUCACCUUUUGGCGCAUGAAGGAUCCCCCCGCCCUGUUCCCCUGUAUCUUCGGCCACGAAGCUGUCGGGGUAGUAGAGAGUGUUGGGGAGCACGUGGAUUACGUAGCGCCGGGGGACAUGGUUGUGCCGACGUUCGCGGCGCACUGCGGGGAGUGCGUGGACUGCUGCUCAGAGCGGAGCAACAUGUGCUCGCGGCUGCCGUACCGGCCGGGGAUGCCGCGGGAUGGCACCACCAGGUUUUCCGACGCUGCAGGGGAGCCGCUGCACAACUUCCUGUCCGUGUCCAGCUUCUGUGAGUACACCGUCGUCGACGUCGCGCACCUCGCCAAGGUCGACCCUGCCGUCCCGCCGGAGAAGGCCUGCUUGCUCAGCUGCGGCAUAUCCACCGGCGUAGGUGCGGCUUGGAAGGUGGCGGCCAUUGAGCCGGGGUCGACCGUUGCCAUAUUUGGCCUUGGAGCCGUAGGCUUGGCGGUCGCAGAAGGUUCACGGCUUCGUGGAGCUACCAGGAUCAUCGGCGUAGAUUUGAACCCCGACAAAUUUGAAAUUGGGAAGAAGUUUGGGAUCACUGAUUUUGUUAAUACGAAAGAGAUCGGCGAAAAAUCGAUCAGCGACGUGAUCAAAGAGAUGACUGAGGGAGGUGCGGAUUAUUGCUUCGAGUGCAUCGGCUUAGCGUCUUUGAUGUCCGAAGCAUUUCGAAGCUCUCGACUAGGUUGGGGAAAGACAAUUGUUCUUGGUGUUGACAUGAAUGGUUCAUCAAUAAGCAUACCAGCCUUUGAAAUCUUACGCGGCAAAUCGGUGAUCGGUUCUCUUUUCGGCGGCAUUAAAGCUAAGACGGAUAUCCCCGUACUCGUAAAACAAUAUCUCAAUAAGGAGCUUCAAUUAGAUGAGUUUAUAACACAUGAGCUGGGAUUUAGUGACAUCAACAAGGCUUUUGAUUUGCUGGAGGGAGGGAAGAGCCUCAGGUGCAUCAUAUGGAUGGAUAGAUGAAAAGCUAAUCAAGAAAUCAUGCGAUUAAUUCGCUUUAACAUUAGAUUGUUGAUUCAUGUAAUAAGAAUUUGAUCGGAGAGGUACAACUCCUUCCUCUUUUGUUUUCCGAAUUCGAGUGAUAAUAAAGGUUUAUUAGAUUCAUUGUUCGCUGGA